UAAAUGACAAAACUCCAUUCCGCGACUUCGGAUACACGUUAGAAAUGUCAUUAAAUUCUAUAAUCACCCAAUUAAAAUUCAAUUCAAUACCCCGAACAGUCAGUUGUAUGUUUAUGUUUUGCUGCGCAGAGACUAAGAAUGGUGGUGCGGAAAAAUGGAUAUUAAUCCCAAUCACAAUCAGGUAACCAUGGAGAGUUUGGAGCGUCAAAGAGCCAUGGCGAUGCCUCGAUGCGACACCCCGAGUGAUGCCCCGCCUCUACCGGUAGGUAAAGACUACCAUGCCUUUUUUAGUUUCCACGGAGAAAAUCCAGAUUAUAAUUGGGUAAAAGCUGUGACGAGGGAGCUGGAAUGUCGUGGAUUCAAAUGCUGUGUGUUCCCCCGGGAUCUUGACGCGGGAAAGUCGUUAUCAAACAACAUCAAAUCCGUACUGACAAAGUGUCUAAGAAUCGUAACUGUUUUAUCUUCUGCCUAUAUAAAGAAUGAGUGGUCCCAAUUAGAAAUGGAAAUAAUUUCAUUAGGAAAGCUAGAGGAACUAGUUUUCAUUCCCGUUUUGAUCGAACCCUGUGACAUUCCACCUUUUCUGAAAUAUUACAGAUACAUAAAUGCAACGACUGCAAAAGAAACAUGGUGGAAUGCCUUCCAUGAGCAGAUGCUUGGAAAUGUACCCCCACUUCCGGCGCGUAAAAAACACCAUGUCUUUUUUGCCCACACCUCAUCGGAUACAAAAUGGGUAAACGACAUCGUAAAACGCCUAGAAAACCCUGUAAAUAGCAUCGUCUGUUGCUUUCCUGCUCGAGAUUUUAAACCAGGAGCGUCCAUGCAGGAGUCAGUCGACAGUGCCAUCAAAAGAUCUCUACGAGUUGUCCUCGUCUUAUCAAAAAACUUUCUCGCGAAUGAAUGGAAGAAAUAUUUUGAAAAGAGGUUCAAACAAUUCAAAACGAUUCCUAUCAUUAUAUCGGACUGUAAUCUGCCCAUUGUACUGGACGAUAUAGUGUGCAUUGAUGCCCGUAACUCGGGAACAGACUGGUUUAAAGUGUUGUUGCGAGCGAUAAAAGAAGAAGAUUUAAACGCUGAUGAUGACACAGUGACGAGUACAAGUCAGUUUAUACGAGAAGAGGUGAUCUUCACACCAGCAGCAGAACCCAUGGCAAGUCUUUCCACAACCUCUUUUAUUUGAAGUCAUCUCUUGUGCCAAAAUUGGACCUCAUGAAACUUUUAUAAACUUAUCUUUUUUUCAAUAAAUGACAACCAAUCUAAUAA